CCAAGAAUUGCGACAGUUGUUUCUUCUUGACGGCUGGUGAUGACAUGUCAACAACAAACAUGGCAACCGGCAGCAACUACUGGGAAGAUUUGCGUAAACAGGCGAGACAGCUGGAGAACGAGCUGGAUCUGAAGCUGGUCUCCUUCAGUAAACUCUGCACCAGCUACAGCAGCAGCAGUCAUGACCAGCGGACAAGAGACAGCAGGUCUGAUUCUCUUGGUUCCUCUCAAGACAACAUGCUCAUAGCCAUGACCACUGAGCUGGAGCAGCUCUUGGCCAGUCUAACAGCAGUCAAUGACAAAAUGGCAGAAUAUACAAACACCCCUGGAGCUUCUUCGCAUAAUGCUGCAUUGAUGCACACCUUACAGAGACACAGAGACAUUUUACAGGACUACACUCACGUCCACAAAACCAAAAGCAACUUCUUGAGCCUGCGAGAGCGAGAAGAUCUACUGGGAUCAGUUCACAGAGACAUUGAGUCGUACAAGAGCGGCUCAGGGGUGAAUAACAGAAGAACUGAGCUCUUCCUGAAGGAGCACGAACAUCUAAGAAACUCAGAUAGUCUUAUCGACAACGCAAUAAGUAUCGCCAUGGCUACCAAAGAGAACAUCACAUUUCAGCGUGGGAUGCUGAAGUCCAUUCAGACCAGGGUCACAACUUUAGCCAAUCGUUUCCCUGCCAUCAACAGUCUCAUCCAGAAAAUCAAUUUGCGCAAGAGGCGGGACUCUUUAAUUCUAGGUGGGGUGAUUGGCAUCUGCACCAUUCUCCUGUUGCUCUACACUUUCCACUGACCCGACCUGGACAUCAAACAUAUUCCGUGUAGCUCGGACCAAAUGUUGCCAAGAUCUUUUUAUUCUUUCAUACAGUCUUUCUUCUAUUGUGAUUUACUCCCACUAAACAGUUAAAAGAAUCAGAUUUUACUCUAAAUAUCACAUCAAAAGGAGACUUACAGAUCUCAUAUUGGAGAGUUUAUUUAUUUUCUGAAUUAUGAUGAUGUUUCCAGCUGGGAGUUUGUACAUUGCUGCUUGUACUCUUUAACUAUAAAUGCACGAAGUAAUAUUCCCCUGCUGUUGACGUUUAUUAAAUAAAGGUGAUGAGCUCA